GUUAUGAUCGAUUAAAUGCGCUGAUACUUCAUCGCUCCUGUCAAACAUAUAAGGCUGAGUGGAGCGGUCGACCUCUCCAAGAUGGCCGCCCGGAAUCGUCAGGAGGCGCCUGUUUUUUAUGUUUAUGGUGGAAACAGUCUGCGGGGAAAUACAGAGGAAACAGAAACUCCGGAAAAUUUUUUUUUUUUUUUCUAAAAAUCCUGAUUUAGAAAAAUGAAACUGAAACAAGAAAGUUUUUACAGCAGAGAUUCAUAAAAUAAUGGUAAGAUCAUUCAUAACUUCAUCAGAAAACAGGUCAGCCAAACAAAACAUCCAAAUCAUUUUUGAAUGUUUGACCUUAUUAAAUAUUCUAUAUUGUAGUUUUAAUUCACUCAUCUGGUCAAAGUUAAAAUAUGGAUUUGAUAUUGAAUUUAUCGAUCUGACUGGACUCUACCUCACCGCAUCCCUGGUUCUGGUUCUGCUGAGUCAACUCAGACCUGGCCGGCCUGAGGAAUAAACGAGGUCUGUCAAUGUGGAAAAGAUCAUUCCCACGAUUCCAGUGGCCUGAAGUCCAACUUCUGUCUUGUUUCAUUUCUUGAUCAAAUCUUCUGUUCUGGAGGAGAAUGUCAGGAACCUGGAGAACCUGGAACCUCCUGGAGAACCUAAGGAACCUGGAAUUUCAUGGAACCUUUUGGAGAGCCUGGGGACCUGGAAUGUCCUGGAACCUCCUGGAGAACCUUGGGAACCUGCGGAAGCGGAGCCGCUGAUGGGUUCAGCAGCUGCUCCGCUCAGACCAUCCAGCUGCUGAGAGUCAGACCGGAAACACGGACAGAACUCCUUCAAAAUAAAAGCUGCUGGCUGUUUGCUGGCCUUCCAUCCAGGAACUGGGUGAGGGUGUGUUUCAUUUCUCCACCUGUGUGUCUGAGUGGAGCAGAACGGGACAGCGGGGUUCUGCCGGCAGGAGCUGAGAAGGUUCUGGACCAGAACCAGAAGAACAUGAAAUUACUUUUAAAAAAUGUUUAUACUAAUUAAAAUGGUUAAAGCGUUAAUGUGACUAAAUUAUUAUUUUUAAAUUAUUAUUCAAGUUGGUUAAAUUAUUAAAAUGAAUAUUUUAAGUCUUUUUUUCCGGUUUCACUACAGAUCGGGAUGCCCGCGCAGCUCUGUUUUAUUUUGACGGGUCAGACCGGAAGCUGCGAGUUGCAUUCUAUCAGACUUGACCCGCAGUGCCCGCUGCGGUCCGGCUGAUUCGAACCGGUCCCGGACUGUUUGGAUCAGCAGGUUUUUUGGGUUUGGACCCGUUUUUAUCUCCUGGUUCUGUUGGUUCUGUUUCCGGACUUUUUCCAAACUUUUGUUGUGUCUUCUGGAAGUUCUGGUCAGUUUGCCCAUUUUUCCAGAGAUUUCCCAGUUCGGUUCGGUAUUUCCUGCAGGACCUGACUGGAAUGUAAUUGCGAGUUCUGAAGAGAAGAACCUCAGUCAGAACCGGUACCAGCUCUGAGCGGACCUGAAAUGCUGGUUCUGCUGGUCCUGGUUCUCGUUCCGGAGCCGCUCUUCUGCUGGGGCGCUCCUCCGGUCCGGUCCUCCAUCCCUGACCCGGUUCUGGACCUGGACCUGCUGGAGGAGCCGGGAGGCGGCAACGGAACCGGGUUCGGGCGCUGCGGACCGUGCGACCCUGAGCUGUGCCCGGAGCCCCGCGGCUGCCGGGCCGGCCUGGUUCCGGACCGCUGCGGCUGCUGCGCGGAGUGCGGGAACCUGGAGGGCCAGGCCUGCGACCCGGGGGCCCGGGCCCGGUUCUACGGGCUGUGCGGUACCGGGCUGCGGUGCCAGGCGGAUCGACCCGCGGGAGGAGGAGGAAGAGGAGAGGAUGAGGAGGAGGAGGAGGAGGAGGAGGAGGAGGAGGUGUGUGUGUGCGAGCAGCAGAGGGCGCUGUGCGGCAGUGACGGAACCACAUACCUGAACAUGUGUCGGUUCCGAGAGGCCGCCUUCUCCGACCCGGAGCUCGAAAUCGCGGGGACGGGUCCCUGUAGGACAGCCCCUGUGAUCAAGGUGGCCCCCCAGGACCAGGUGAACGGCAGCGGCAGCAUCAUGCUGCUGCUGUGCGAGGUGUUUGCGUUCCCCAUGGCGCUGGUGGAGUGGAGGAAGGACGGCCGGGAUGUUGUCCUGCCUGGAGACGACCCCCACAUCUCUGUCCAGGCCAGGGGCGGGCCUCUGAGGUUUGAGCUCUCCAGUUGGCUGCAGAUCGAGGGGGCGGAGCCUGGAGACUCAGGAACCUAUCGCUGCAUCGCUCGCAACGAGCUGGGAUCGGUCUCCGCCUCGGCUGUACUGGGAGUACUGGGAGCAGGUGACACACAGUCCUUCCUGUCGGUGCGUCCAGAGGAGCUGUCGUCUGAGAGGAAGCAGCUGCUGGACAACCUCUGA